AUGGCUCUAGGCACCUUUCGUGGAAGGUCGCGUACAUUGCGCCAGCCAGUGGCUAGUUCCUCGCCUGCUCAAAAGCACGCAGACGCGCGGCCGCGCAAGAAUUCCGGACGUCACGAACCAAGCGCAAACUUGCCUCAGGACUCCGCACGCCCAAAAACGGCAGAGCAGCAGCAGAGGCAUGUGCAGGAUGCCAAUCCUGGUUUUGAUUUCCAGAUCCCAGCAACCCCUUCGAAUGCCAUGACUUCGCCAACGAGCCCAAUCAUCUCGCCAACAGACGGCUUGAUUGGUGUCGCACUAGGAAGCCCCCGCAUGGUCGAGGUGCCAAUGGCAAUGUCGCAAGAGCAACAGUUCGAGAGGCCUCCGGAGGCCCCAGUGCGACCAUCGCUACAGCGCAAACCAAGUAAAUGGAAGAAAAUCGGAGGACUAUUCAAAGCAAAGAGUGCAUUGAGUGCACCUGUUCCUAACCAACCCUUCUAUCAUGUCCAACCGACUCCUGAGUGGCCAAUGCCAGCUUCUGCACCCAUACUCGAGGAGGAGCCCAAACCCGGGGAUGUCCAUAAGAAGGCCGACUCCAGGCCCGAUGAUCAACCCAGCCCCAUCGAAGCUUGGCCAUCCCUGGAACUGGAACCAACGCCGGAACCUACGGGCCUGAAGCACGAACAGACGGCUGCCAUGAACGAGCCAUCUCAGACCGUUAAUGCAUCCUCGAACUUCAUGCCCUUACUCCAGAUUGAUAUUCCUGAUAUCCAACUGGAACGGUACAGUGUUAUGUUUGGGGGAGUUCUGCAGAAGAACAGACCCCCAUCGUUGAACCGACGGAGCAAGACGCUGAAUGAUGCGGACACAGAAGACGCGAAGGCUUCGAAGGUCCUGGGAUCGCAGAACAUACCCCGUGGCCCUAGCCCAUUACACAAGUCUCAGACAUCAUCAGCCGAGUCUCAUCGAGAGGAUGUGUCUAAGGAUAAGAGCCAUCUCGUUCUUAUGGUGCACAGUUCCCCGUCCUCGCACAAGCAACAGAGCUCCGUGUCAUCGUUCCUAUCAGCAACAUCUAUCAGCUCCGAGGACGAAAGACUCCUCCUGCAGAAACUCAAGCCGGUGCGCAGCUACGUUGAUGAGCGAGAGCCCGAAUGGGAGAUCAUCAACAAGAAGUCCCCAACCACCAGCGAGCCUGUGCCUCCUAUCCCUCCUGCCAGCCCGCGGCCGAAGGCUCCUGCCACCCUGACGAUCAACACGCAAGUGCCGCCCAUCAGGACUUCUGCUGAUUGCCGCAGCGAAGCGUCAUCGCCCUUUUCUUUCGUCUCAUCCGCCAAGUCGCCCAACACACCUCGCAGCAGAACCAACCAUCUAGCGCGGUCUCCCACAGUCAGCCACGCCAGCACCAGCACCACCAGCGCCACCACUACCCCAAUCGCAGCCCGACGAUUCCCACUCGGCGACGAGAGGAAGAACGCCAGCACGUCAGACCUGAACAAGCCUCUCCCCACUGUGGAAAUCUCCAUUGCUCGAUCCGUCUCCGUCUCCAGGGGCAAGGAGAUCUCCAUCGCUCGAUCCGUCUCCGUCUCCAGGGGCAAGAAGCAAAUGAUCGUCCCCAUCCGUCCCCGGCUAGACCGCGCCAACACCACCGCCACGGAUCGGGUCGUGGAAACCAGGAUCGCUCGUCCGCCGCCUCGCCUUCGAGACGGUGGAGACCUGAGCCCUAGACCUGGAUCUACUCGAACCGUCCGUGUCGGCAACUUCAUUUGA